AGGACAUAAGCUGCAGGCGAGCAGCAGAUUUCAGUCUCAGGUUGGAGAUGGAGAGCACUCAGAGCAGGUUGCCUUGCAGAGGGUUCUGCUCCUACUUUGCAGUGUUUGUGAUCUUUGUCUAUCUGGGUGUGAACUUCAACUGCUCCUGCACCCCUCAGGGAUGGAACUGUAAGCUGUUCCUGGUCCUUCCUCUCCUCAUCACCUUCGUGUUCUUGCUGUGGACGGACUCGUCUUUCCAGACAACCAGCAGACACCUGCUGCUCUCAUCAGACUGGAGCUUCUUGACGUUUUCCUGCAGGUACAUCAUCAGGGCAGCAUUUGUGGCCCUGCUGUGGGUGGUGUGUGUGCUCAUCAAUGGAGAGUGGUACGUUUGCUGCAUGAGCAACCAGACCACCCAGGCUCCGUUAGCCUGUAAAUCUGCAGGGAUGAUCACUGAGGAGGAGCAGAAGACUAUUGCUGAGCUGAAGAACACGUCCUGGAUGAUCGGCACUGGUUUGCUCUGCGGCAUCAUUUCAGUUCCAGCUCUGUUUGCCAUGUUGGGAUGGUCCAAACAGUCAGCGAGGGAGAGAAAGAAGUUCUACCACAAACUGAUCCUGCAGCAGAACCAAAGCGUCCUGAAGGAGACUCUGGGGAAUUAUGCCAGAGAGAAGCUGUCCAACGAGAUGAAGAGGAGAAUCGAAGAUGGUCGAUGGGAGGAGUGCUGGGAUGUGGCCCCAAUGCUGAUCAAAGAGUCUGCUGGAUCUGUAGCUCCUUAA